UGAAAAGUGCAACAACCGAUGGCUGCACUUCUGCUGCAGGCGCAACGCUCCCCGAAAUUCCAAUUGACAGUUUGACUCUCAACCAACCGAACUCGAUUUGCGCAACGGGACGUCCCGAGCCAUCUUAAUCACGAAUAUGCAGUCCCUCGGGAAAAGAAAGAGAAGCGAGGAGGAUGACGUCGAAAAGGUUUUUGCCAAGUACUGGGGCGAGCUGCACCACGCCCUCAAAGUCGCCAAAGGCUUUGAGAGACAGCGCCAGUCCAAGCGACUCCACGACCGAAGCACACCACAGGACAAGAAGGCCAGGAUAGAAAAUGAAAUUGUUGUUCUCAAGUCCCUCGACCUCUACCAAGCCGCCCAUGCCCACCUCUGCUUCUCCCUCCUUCGCAUCAAGCGCAUUGCCGAAUGCCCCAACCUCCCCGAGGCCGUGAAGCGCGGCGUCUCCAAGCCAGUGCUCACCGAUGAAGAACGAACUGCGCUGCACAACGUUACGAGCGCCCUCUGCGCUCGCCAAGAGGUCCGCACCGUCACCGACAAGGCGAUUACGGGGAUAUGCAAGGCCAUGGGCAUCGAGCCUCCUGAGAAGAAGGGCAAGAAGGGCAAGAACCAACACAAGGAGAGGGACGAGUCAAAGACCAACGAGGCCAAGACAAAUGGAGACAACAAGACGGCCAAGGAUAAGAAGGAGGUGGAGGAAAAGAAGGACAACAAGCUAGACAGGAAGUCCAAGGAAAAGGAGGAGAAGGACGACAAGGAAAAGGAAAAGACAAAGACCGAGAAGCCCGCAAAUAAGGAAGCGGUAACAGAAGAAGGCUUGGACGACAACGACGACGACGACGAAAAACCAGUCAAUGACGAAGAGGAAGAGAAGAUUCUCUCCAAAUACGACGACUUGCUCGGUGGCUCGUCCUCCGAUUCGGACGCAGAUGACGAGGAAGAUGACGAGAGAUUUGCUUCCAAGGCUGCGGUCAAGAAGCGUCCUAUCGCAAAGGAACUUGAUCCGAUGGAGAUUACAGAUGAUGAGGAUGGAGGCUACGGCGAUGACGGAGACCUAGACCCCAUGGAAAUUACCGACGACGAAGCCGACGACGGCGGCUCGGAACAAAAUGGCGACGGUUCCGACGACGAAUUCGAAGGGUUCAGUGACUCGGAGGACGAAGGAUCAGCCACCAAUCCCCAAGAAGAACAGCCCGAAGAAGACGACGACGAUGAUGAAAACUCGGACAACAGCGGCAUCGACGCCGCCCCUUCAAAGAAGAAGAGCAAGUCCUCCUCAUCAUCAACCGCCAAGACGGAAAAACUGCAAAACUUCACCAUGGACUCCACCUUCCUGCCCACCCUCAUGGGCGGCUAUAUCUCGGGCUCCGAGUCGGCCUCAGACGUCGAUGUUGCCCCUCCCCGCAAGAACCGCCGCGGCCAGCGCGCCCGCCAGGCCAUUUGGGAGAAGAAGUACAAGGAGGAGGCCAAGCACCUGAAGAAGCAGCAGAAGGCCAGAGACGCCGGUUGGGAUUUGAAGAGGGGCGCGGUAGAAUCUUCGGAUGGCAAGCCGUGGAAGAAGGGCAGUCUUCUUGACCUUAAGAAUAAGGGCAAGGGUGGUAGCGAAGAGGGUGGUGAAGAAAAGGGUGGUGAUGCUCGGGCAGGAGGUGCAGGUGCUGCUGCGGCCAGAGGUGGUGAUAGGGGUCGUGGCGGCGGAAGCAGAGGUGGUAGGGGCGGUUCUGGAGCUGCUGCUGCUGCUGCUGCUGCUCCUCCGGCUAAGGCGCCCAAGAAGCGUGAUGAUAGCGGGCCGCUGCAUCCUUCGUGGGAGGCGAAGAAGAAGGCGAAGGAGAAGGAGAUGCUGUCGGCACCGUUCCAGGGCAAGAAGAUCACCUUCGACUAAGGACUUGCUACCAUAUACGUUAUUAGUGCAGUUGACGCGAUAUACCCUGCCAAGCUUUUGUUGGACCUCGCUCCAUAUCGAUAUCAUCACCCGUCAUUCCGUG